AUGGAUUCCGACGAUGAUUUCAAUAGCCAGGUGUCCUCCGAGGACAUGGACCUGGAUCUGAAUGAUGCCGAUAGCAGUGUGGAUUUCGGGGCGGCCGACUCGGACGUUGACCUAGACGAUGAGUUCGCAGACGAGGGCGCCUUCGAUACUCAGGACAAGGAUCUGAAACCACAGAGGAAGGCAUUCGAGGUCGACUUCAAGGUGUACAGCCCCGAGGACAUUCAGGCACAGCAGGACAAGCAGGUGGCUGAGGUGGCUACGCUGCUCGAGCAACCACAUGAACAGACGGCCAUACUAUUACGAUUCGCGAGGUGGAAUAAGGAGCGGCUGAUUGAGCAGUACAUGGACAACCAGGAGGAGGUGCUGGAGAAGGCUGGUUUGGGACAAGAUACUGCGAGGGACCCACCUCGGAUUGAGACUAUCGAUGGCUUUGCGUGUGAUAUCUGCUGCGAGGAUGAGCCGGGUCUGCAGAGCUUUGCCAUGAAGUGUGGACAUCGCUUCUGUAUCAACUGCUACCGACAAUACCUGGGUCAGAAGAUUCGGGAAGAGGGUGAGGCGGCGCGGAUCAAGUGCCCUGGUGAUGGCUGCAAUAAGAUUGUGGACUCCAAGUCACUGGAUCUGCUUGUCACAUCCGACCUCACCGACCGAUACCACGAGCUCCUCAUGCGCACAUACGUGGACGACAAGGACAACCUGAAGUGGUGCCCCGCACCUGAAUGCGUCUACGCAGUGGAAUGCGGCGUGAAGAAGCGUGAUCUCGGCCGCAUCGUCCCUACCGUUCACUGUGACUGCAAACACGACUUCUGCUUCGGCUGCACACUCGCCGACCAUCAACCUUGCCCGUGCUCACUGGUGAAGAAGUGGCUGAAGAAGUGCGAAGACGACAGCGAGACUGCGAAUUGGAUUUCGGCGAACACAAAGGAGUGUCCCAAGUGCAAUUCCACGAUCGAGAAGAACGGCGGAUGCAAUCACAUGACUUGUCGAAAGUGCAGGCAUGAAUUCUGCUGGAUGUGUAUGGGAGUGUGGUCAGAGCAUGGCACGAGCUGGUAUAAUUGCAAUCGGUUCGAGGAGAAGAGCGGUACCGAUGCGCGAGAUGCUCAGGCCAAGAGCCGGCAAUCGCUUGAGCGAUACCUGCACUACUACAAUCGCUACGCGAACCACGAGCAGUCUGCUCGUCUGGAUCGGGACAUCUACUUUAAGACGGAGAAGAAAAUGACCCUACUUCAGAACCAGUCCGGACUCUCUUGGAUCGAGGUGCAAUUCCUUGAAAACGCAUCGCAAGCGCUGCAGCAAUGCCGGCAAACGCUCAAGUGGACGUACGCAUUCGCAUACUACCUCGCUCGCAACAACCAAACCGAGAUCUUCGAGGAGAACCAGAAGGAUCUGGAGAUGGCGGUCGAGAACUUGUCGGAGAUGUUCGAGAAGCCGGUCGAGAGCCUCGCGGGUCUCAAGGUGGAGAUGAUGGACAAGACGUCGUAUUGCAAUCGGCGGCGGAUUAUCCUGCUGGAUGAUACGGCGAAGAACUUGAAAGAACAGAACUGGGAGUUCAAUGUGGAUCUGAGCUAG